AUGAAAGAGGACACCAAAGACAACAGCUGGGUCGACGAUAAAACGCCUGAGCCGGGCGCUAAGCCGGGAACAGCAUCGCCAGCGGCGCACUCCACCAAUCCCACAACCAGUCCGGCAAGUGGUGCUGCUCCGUCUCAUUCCAAAUCAGAUCCACUCCAACCGCGCUCCAGAAGCCAGUCUCCUCCUGCUUCCUCAGCGGAGAAGAGUACCGCUGCUUCUUCAGGGUUCGAAAUGGGUAAUGAACCUUUCAAUUGGGAUGAGGAGGAUGAUAACUGGCAACCCCCUACAGUUAGUAGUGCGCAAGUCAUUUCACAAGUAUCUGGCGCAGCUCCCUCACCCUCUCCAAAGGUGAAAUCCCCGGAACCUGCUCCGUGGUUACAAAAAAAACCGUCGACAUCUGCACACAAGUCCUUGCAAGAGCGAAUCGCUGAGCUCAAGAUGGGCAAAUCGAGUAAUGCCCCUGCGCACCCUAGGCAUGGGGGCCACGGGGAUCACCGCCAUAUCUAUCCAACCUAUGCUCACCCUCCACAGUUAUCACACUCUCAACCUCCAGGAGUUGAUAGCUUGAGUCGGUUCCGUAUCCGCGGCGAUCCAGCAGAGCUUGAUGCCCAUCACCCUCCCCGGUUCGGCAGACAUGGUCAUCAUGAUGAAUUCGCUCACCAUGGUAGGUCUGAUCGUGGAUACAGAGAUCCACUAGAUGAAAUCGAUAGCUGGAGACGUCCAGCACGUGAACCUCCUACGAGCGACGGUCUAGCGCCCUGGGCUCGGUUUCGCCCUAGUCCCUCUGGCCCUGGACCAUCUGGCGGCCCUUCCGCGGCAUCUGCUGGCCCUGCUCCAGCUGCUACCCCUUCUACGCCGGCUGUGUCCACUGUGCCUACGGCAUCUGCUACCCGUGAGCAAGCACCUGCUCCUGCUGCGGCCUCUGCUGCUACUGUAACACGCACUACAGAAACCAACGCUCCGGCCCCUGCAUCUACUUCUGGACCUGCUCCAGUUGCUCCCUGGGCGUUUAUGCGUAAGAAGGAACAAGAAGAGGUCAUGAGAGAUGCGCGACUGAGGUUACAAGCUCGUAAGGAUGCCGAGGAAGCGGAAAGAAAAGAAAGAGCUGCCCGUUUGCAAGCACGCCUUGAUGAGCUCGCUCUAAAAAAGGCUAAAAAAGAGGCCCAAGAGCAAAAAGAAGCUGCCGCUCUGGAGAGAAAGCGCAUGGAAGAGGAACGCAGAGCGAGAAGUGCUAAAUUGGAACAAGAAUUCGCCGAAAAGUUGCGCAUCGAAAAUGAAAAAGCCGCUAGGAAACUCCACCAAAGUCACGAGCACCCAAAUCGGAUUCAAAACAAACGGGCUGUGCCCAAAGGAAAUCUCACCGAGCCGCUGCCACCCCGAGAAGAUAUCCCGCCGUUCCUACGCCAGUUCCUGCGUGGUGCCCCCGAACCUGGCCCUGGGUUUGGUGGGUUCGAUAGAAGUCGCCUGAGUGAAAGUAAUUUGCCCGCCGACUUGCCGCUGUAUGAAAGCUAUUUGGAAGAUUUGAGCUUUGGGACUUGGCCCGAACCAGACAAGGAAGCUACAAGUGAACCAGAAACAGAAGAGGCCCCCAUUGUUAAUUUGCCAAAGUUACAAAGGUUCACUUUUACGAUGUUUAAAAAAGACGUGCGGCCACUAGCUGUAGAUAGCUUCAUGCUCUCGUCCUCGAACUGCGUCGUCUCCGCGCACACCAUGAUCGGUGUGCCAGGUAACGACUUGAUGCGAGACAAUAGAGUAACGUUUCUGCCCGUUGAGCCGCUUUCUAAACUGGCCCGUAGACGUCGUGGUUAUUAG